AACUCUCUAAAAGAACCCCAUGCCUCUGUCGUGAAAACCCCGGUCGCUCUUUUUACAGUCACUCUUCAAAGAGUAAACAUGACGGAAACCGUAGAAGAAAUGGUCACUGCGACCGCAGCCACAGUAUCAGAAGAUCCAGAGGUCAAGUUAUUCGGAAAAUGGACAUCAGAUGAUGUUCAAGUCAGUGACAUCAGUUUAACUGAUUAUAUUGCUGUUAAGGAGAAAUUUGCCAAAUAUAUGCCCCAUUCAGCUGGUAGAUGGCAGCUACGACGUUUCCGUAAGGCCCAGUGUCCUAUUGUUGAACGAGUUGUUUGUUCAAUGAUGAUGCACGGAAGAAAUAAUGGUAAAAAAUUAAUGGCUGUUAGAAUUCUGAAACACACUUUAGAGAUUAUUCAUUUAUUGACUGGAGAGAACCCUCUUCAAGUUUUAGUAAAUGCCAUCAUUAACAGUGGACCACGUGAAGAUUCUACUCGUAUUGGACGAGCUGGUACUGUCAGACGACAAGCUGUUGAUGUUUCUCCAUUAAGACGUGUUGAUCAGGCUAUCUGGUUAUUGUGUACUGGAGCCAGAGAAGCUUCAUUCAGAAAUAUUAAAUCUAUUGCUGAAUGUUUAGCUGAUGAACUCAUUAAUGCUGCCAAGGGUUCUUCAAAUAGUUAUGCUAUCAAAAAGAAAGAUGAAUUGGAACGAGUUGCUAAAUCUAACCGAUAAAAUGGAAAAAAAUAUGGAAUAAAAUAUUCAAGUCAAAA